CGAAUUCGCUGUCUAGUUAAUUCUCGCAAUUUAUUGUCUAUUCGAUUUUGUACUAUCAUCCGUGUUUGUCACAAUAUCUACAAACAACGAAGACAACACGUCAUAACACAUAAUUGCACUGCAUAGGUAAAUGGCGGUUUAGAACUUAUAUUAAUCUAAAAAAUUAUAUCAAAGAUACAUCUUAGCAGUAAGUUUCAGCUUUCUGUUAUUAAGCAGUAGAACAAAAAGGAAAAUGGAAGCACUUUAUCACCAAACCAACCGGAUGAUACAGGAGAUCGAGCAGAGCUUUCAGAAAUUGGCACAAACAAGUGGAUUGGAUACAGCAGAUGUCGAAAAUGAGAUCCAAAUGAAAAUCACUGCCGUAAUUUCAAAUUGCGACCGUCUUGAUGUGUUACUUUACAAGGUACCGGCUUCUCAACGUCCUAGUGCUAAAAUGCGUAUCGACCAAUUGAAAUAUGAUACAAGACAUUUACAGAGUUCGCUUCAACUUUACCGAGAAAAAAGACAGCGUCGUUUAAUAGAACUCUCUGAACGUGAACAACUCCUUAGUCACCGCUUUUCUGCAAAUAACACCGGUGCAACAGAAACUUGCCUUGAUAUUGAUUAUUCGUUGCAACAUCAUACUCAAUUGAAUAAUGCUCAUCAAGGCGUCGAUGAAAUGAUUGCUUCUGGGGGAAACAUACUUAGUAGUUUAAUAAACCAACGAGAAACAUUGAAAGGAGCACAGCAACGGUUGCAUGCAAUUGGUAGCACACUUGGUCUAUCUAAUCAUACUAUGAAAUUAAUUGAACGCCGUUUUGUUGAAGAUAAAUACGUAAUGUUAGGUGGCAUGUGUGUAACACUGCUUAUUAUUGGAUUGGUAAUUUAUUUCAUAGUAUUUUGAGUUAAAUUAUUAUAUUUGUAUUUUUUGACAUUGUAUUUUGUAUUUAAUUACUUAUAAAUAUUAUGUAUAAUAUAUGCGUAUGUAUAUUCUAAUAUAAGUGAAUUGAAUGAAAAAUGUUUCAAGUCUGAAAUGUUGAGUUUGUAUUAUGGUAGCUGAAUAAAACGAUGGAUUUUCAGAAAAUAAA